AUGGUGCAGAGCCGCGCUGGCGUUGGGGUCGACUCGGAUUCGAAGCCGCCGCCCGGGCAUCAUCAGGUUUGGUGGAACGGUGACGGGGAUGCUGAGGUCGCCGACAAGGGCCUCGAACACCCCGCCUACCGGCACACCAUCCGGGACCACCACGCGGUCAACGCGUCUCCGUUUUGGAGGGUGCACGCCGCACACGUCCACGUCGGGGCCGGCUUUGCCGUGUGGCAGACCUCGCACUCCUCGUCGAGCCCUCGGUUCUCGAACGUGCAUGAAGCGCAGGACCAGGGCGGGAGCGGCCGCGCAGCCUCGCACGCCUCGCAUGAGCGUCGGUCAUCUGCGUUCUCGAGCGUGCACGAAUCGCAGGACCAGACCAUGGGGCAGCUUCCCAGUCCGUCUGAUGCCACGAAUGCCUGA